GCCCUUCCCCGCCCGCCGCCGGGCUUAAAGCGGCUGCGGGCGCAGGCGCGGGGGGCUGCGCGCCUCGGCCAUGGCUGCGGCGCGGCGCGGGGCGGUGUUGGGGCUGGGGCUGGCCGGGGCGGUGCUCGCCGCGCUGGGCAUCUGCCUGCUCGUCGUGGGGCCCCUCGUCGUCCGGGAGCAGGUCGUCAAGAACGUGAGGAUCAACCCCAGCAGCAUCGCCUUCAGCAUGUGGAAAGACAUUCCUGUUCCCUUCUACCUCUCGGUGCACUUCUUCGAAGUGGUGAAUCCCCAGGAGGUCCUGCAGGGAGCGAAGCCGGUUGUGAAUGAACGCGGGCCCUAUGUUUACAGAGAGUUCAGGUAUAAAACGAACAUCACAUUCCACGACAACGACACCGUCUCCUUCCUGGAGUACCGGAAUCUCUUCUUCUGUCCGGAGCUGUCUGCGGGCACGGAGGACGACUACAUCGUCAUACCGAACAUCCUGCUCAUGGGGGCAGCUGUAAUGGUGGAAAAACUGCCAAACUUUGUGAAGCUCUUGCUGAGCGGAGCCCUGGCUGGCCUGAAACAGGAGGCAUUCAUGAACCGGACAGUAGGAGAAAUCAUGUGGGGAUACGAAGACCCUCUUAUAGACACACUAAACAUGCUUGUGCCUGGCUUGAUCCCCUUCCAGGGAAAAUUUGGCUUAUUUGUAGAAUUCAACAGCUCUGAUUCGGGACUGUUCACAGUGUAUACAGGCAUGGAGGACAUCAGCAGAAUUCACAUGGUGGAUUCAUGGAAUGGAUUAAGAAAAGUGAAUUACUGGCAGACCGACGAGUGCAACAUGAUCAACGGGACCUCGGGGGAGAUGUGGCCGCCAUUCAUGAGCCCAACGUCGCUGGAGUUUUACAGUCCCGACGCCUGCCGGUCUAUGAAACUGGUGUAUGAGCAGUCUGGGGAGUUUGAAGGUGUGCCCACCUAUCGUUUCGUGGCGCCGAAGACGCUCUUUGCCAACGGCACAGACUACCCGCCCAACGAAGGCUUCUGCCCCUGCCUGCAGUCUGGUGUCCAGAACGUCAGUUCCUGCAGGCUCAAUGCCCCCCUGUUCCUUUCCCACCCGCACUUCUACGAUGCUGACCCGGUCCUGGUGAACGCCGUCGACGGGCUGCACCCCAACAAGGAGCAGCACGCGCUCUUCCUCGACGUGCACCCGAUGACGGGCAUCCCAAUGAAUUGCUCCAUCAAGCUCCAGCUGAAUCUGUACAUAAAGCAAGUGUCUGGUAUAAUACAAACAGGGAAGACUCAGCCAGUGGUCCUGCCGCUGCUGUGGUUCGCAGAGAGUGGAUCCAUCGAAGGCUCAGUCCUAAAGCAGUUUUACACCAACUUGGUGCUGAUCCCAUCUGUGCUGGACUAUCUGCAGUACAUCUUCCUUGGGCUGAGUAUCCCUCUCAUUAUCACAGCAGCUGUACUCAUGGCAACGAGUAAGAGAACCACCGAAGAGAAGAGCCUGCGUGAGCCCGACACGCAGAGCAAACCCCCUCAGCUCUCUGAGGCAACGCCGCUCCUGCAAGACGCCAGUACGCUGAACCGGGACGAUGCCGACGCCUGAGGUGCCAGCCCUUGUACGCUCUCCGCUGGGAAGCACGCCCGCGCUCGGGGAUAAGCACCGCUUUGGGUCCAGAGAGCACCCUGGAAGGUGACGUCACCCUGAGCAACGCAUCUAGGGACUCUGCACGUCACUGCAAAGCCGCCAGACAGGAUCAUGGCACCAAAACUUGCUGCACCAGGGCACAGGUGAGGCAAAGGCUCGCUCCUUCCAGCACCUGCGGCAGGAUUCAAGAACGCUUGUCUGAACAGUGCUGACAUUUGCCAUAGCCCCUCUCUAGUGGCUGGCAGGCAGGAGUAAAGGCAGUCCCUGGCUGAUCUGAGGAGUUAUUUUGCUACUUAAGACUGCCCGUUGCCAGGAGUGAAAGGCACUUUAAGAUCCUUUAGAACAAAUGAGAUUUGUACAUAGAGCAAUGAUGGGAUUUAGUGAUCUUUCUAAAUGCUGCUGUUUUAUAUCCCGUGAGAAUGGGGCUUGCUACCCUGAAGUUUUAUUGACCCGUCCUGGGAUUGGACUAUCCUGCAGAUCAGUUCUGGGUGCUGUCGCUUCAGUGAUGACUUUCUUAAAGGCCCUUGAGAGUACCUGGAGCCUGCCCAGGGUUGCUCCUGCCUCUGUGUAUACUGAAUAAUACAGUGCUGAUUUAAAAGCCCCAAAUCUGUGCCAUGAUCUUGAGGUCCAGUGAUUCCAGUUCAAAGCCCCUUUAUUGUUGCUGGCUUUCUCCUUGCUUUAGAUUUAGGUAACUGAGGGAGAUAAGCCUUGCCAAAAAAAAAAAAAAACCCUGUUUGGGGUACAUCUGACCUGUCACUUAGCUCCCAGCAGACAAGUUGUCCCUGCUGCCAGCUUGCCCCUCCAGGGUCAGCUCUCUGACGUGCGUCACGGGUGCUGUAAGGUGCUUGCAUCGCUCUGCCCGGGCUGCCAGCAUGGAGGAGGGGGUCAGCUCCUGCCUGUACCCUUCCUUGAGCAUUAACAAUGAUAUUUGUGCUUCUGAGAGGGAGGAAGCUAUGUGCGAUCAUGGUGGUAAUGAUGGCCUUAGGAUCUGCCAAAAGUAGUGCAGACCAGAAAUGAGGCCUUGUGGGAUCUGGGGCUGGAAGUUAACUGGGAGGGAUGGGUGGGGGCCACUCCAGUGAGGAAGAAGCCCUUAAGCCCAGGGCUAUUUCAGGGUUAACUACCAGUCAGCAGCUGUCUACCACACCUGCCUUCCCGGCUUCCGCUGUGGGAGACUGAGCAACACUUUGAGAGGCCGAAAGGACCAACGCUGGUGCCUCUGGAAGGGUAAAAUACAGCGUAGGGAGACUUGUCUCUGCACCAGAGUGCUUCCAGCCCUGCGGGUAGCAUGGGUACUGCCAUGGUCGGGAAACCACUGCAUUUGCGUACAGCAACUCUGAUCUUCCGGGGGUAAGCAAUAUUUUUCUCUUUCAUGCUACCAUCUCUUACUACGCAGGAAGAGAACAGGAGAGGAAACCACCAUGAGCAGCUCCCAGGCUCGUGCAUUCCUCAUUGGCCACAUCCCCAGCCCUGCAGCUGGGGUUCGGGCUGUCUCAUCACUGAAGUAGCCCAGACACAGCACAGUGGAGGGGGAAGCUAGGAGCUGCCAAGCUCUUGGUCCGUAGGCAGAAGUUGGCUAGUUCAGGCCUAGAUGCCUUUGAAGCAUCCUGUAGGCAGGCUGUGGCUAGCAGAGCCCUUCCUGCGGCCGGUGCUGUGCUGGGAAGUUUCUGUGGCAUGAUCCUUAGUGAGGACAGUGCUAAAACUACAGCUAUAAACCCUCCCUGGUCUUGAAUCCAAAAUUCUUCACCAGCAAAUGUUGGCUCGCAGCCUACGGCUUCAGCAAGCAGUGACCAAAACGGGCACACAACGGAGGCACCGUCUCGCAUGCGGCGCUACGGGGCCCUCGAUGCACCGGUUCACACGCGUAACACCUAGCUUUGUGAGGCGAGACUAACGGUUGAUCCAAGAUCACUCCCCUUGAGCUUGCCUGGUCAAGGUUUUGAUGAUGUACUGUGCUAAUUGCUUUUUGUACUGAUAAAACAUGAACAAACUACUGCAA